GAUGAUUGGCUCCUGUCAUGCUGAGUCUUGUGUGGAUUUUACCACUCCUUCGGUCUGUUCUGUUUUUGUUCCUUUGUUGAAAGCCGUCCAAACAACGAGGCGGUCGGACCGGCUUGGGCUUCCGAGGAAAGUCCGAGCCGUGGGAAAGAGCCUUAAAAUUGCGUGUCAAACUGAAUCCAAUUAGACAACAUAGUUCCAAUUGUCACAUUCUUGUAGCACAAAACUUUUCACACAAAGUUAGAUCCACCUCCAAAGUUAUGCAAAUAUAGAUUAUUUCCAUUGUAACUUUACCAAAGUACCAGAACAAAGUUGCUACAAUAUGUUUGUUUCCAGGGACCACCAGAAUCACCGAUUAAUUUUUAACUUUUAGUCCCAAAACGAGCAUUUACUGUAUUCAAUAUUAGGGCGACCUUCAAACAUUUUCCCGAGUUGAAGUGACGAUUUUCAACUGUCCCCUGGUUGGACGUUGUUGGAGUGAUCUCCAAACAGCUGCACUGGUGAUGCAAUCUUAGUUAAUUCAAUUUGUUCUUUCUUGAACACGACAAAAACACAGGUCGUCAGUCAUGUGUUUUUGCAUGAAAUACACCCUUAAAAGUGCUUGGUUAAAAAUUGCAGCAACUCAGACAUUUGGGCGGAUUUUAUCCAACUUUGGGUUAGUUGGCAAAGAAAAAAAAAAAAAAUCUUUGGGUGUUUUGUUAGGCAAAAUACGUUGUUGAUCCAGUUUCCAAAGUUUAUUUAAUUUUAACCCAAAUUUUAAGGGUGCACGCAAGACUUGAGAGCACUUUUUUUCCUAAUCCUAAUUUUGUAGUAAAAUCGACAGUCAUUUGAAUACUUGCUGAUGCUGUUUGACUUCAACUCCUUAUGACGACAAAAGGCGUGCAUCAACUUAGGUGUUUUGAUGCCAAGAAGAGUCCCGGACGGUGGAAGCUGGAGUCAGCCGACCUUUGUGUCGCUCGUCUCUGAAAUGAGCGCAAGGCGUUUGACUAACGUGUUGUAACUUUCACGUGAGAAAUGUCAACAUGGGUCUGCAGGUUAGAAGGAGGAGGAACACCUUUGCGCAACCUUGCCUGAGUGGAGCCCUAAAGGGGAACUAGCUCACCGCCGUCACCGCACACACAAACAAACGCCCGCCUUCCCAUUUAAAUAGUUUUCUUUGGCUCAGCAUUGGACACUGAGCUCGAGAACUUUCCAGAUGGUGGGAACCUCAUUUGAAGGUAACAAAAACAACAACCGCCCAGAAGAUACAAAGUAUCGAAGACGCAAAGCUGAUCACAAAAAUAAAAACAAAAGACUGACUCAUAAAUCUUGACUCUUGGGCGUACUGGCCACAUUAUACAGCCAUUUUUUGAAAAAUAUGACUAUUUUGUCUGAAUUUGUUUUAUUUAAAAACUUGACCGUUUUUUUUCCUCUGCAUUUUUUAGCUUUUUAUGAAAAUAUUAAACUUUUGAUUGACUUUUGAUUUUGAUUGACAUUUCAAAACCAAUUUGAUGAUUUUGCAUCAAAACAUUUCAAACAGACUCCAUUGGACAUUCCAAUUUGCGGUUGGCGGAUUGGACAUUUUGUGCGCGUGCUUAUCAAUGCGAUGGCUUGUGCGUGCGCACAAAGACCACUUUGUCUCCCACAACGGGGUCAGGACCGGAACCUGGACGAAGGGCGGCGGGGGUGGGGCGCUGCGAGCGGGAAAAAAUGUCUAUCGUUAUCUGUUCUCAUCUCUGUUCUAUCGCUCCACAGCACAUUUAUGGCUCAACCUAUAACGGAUCGGGAAAUACAUUAUGCAAAGUUGGAAAGCGCAGGGCUUGCCGAGGGCUGGUGGCUAACGGCGACUUCUCCCUUGGUCGCAGUGUUGCCGGGUGCCUGGAGCCGAAUCCGGGGCCCGCCGAGCCAGCAGCCCGCCGCCCAGUCCGAUGCCGUCUGGCUGCUCAUCGCCCGCCUGGGGGAGGUGCGUCGGCGGGGCUGGCCCGCCACUGCCGCCGCCGUGCUCGGCGUCAAACUCCCGCCGCUCUUUGACGUCCAUCAGGUGCCCCAGGUGUUUCGCGAGGACGGCAUUCUGUCUGGCUACCGCCACCCGCAGAGCUCGGCGCUGGACUGCCUGCUCAGCAGUUUCCGCAUCAACAACGAGACGGUCAACAUUUGGACGCACUUCCUGCCGACCUGGUACUUUGUGUGGAGGCUGGCCUCGCUGUGCUCCGACGUCAGUUUGGCAAGCGACAGCUACACGUGGCCGCUGCUGGCCUACAUGCUGCCGGUGUGCGUGUACCCCUUUACCUCCAGCUGCGCGCACACCUUUAGCGCCAUGUCGCCAGAGUGGUGCCACAUCUGCUACUUUUUGGACUACGGCGCACUCAGCCUCUACAGCCUGGGCAGCGCCAUCUGCUACGGGUGCUACGCCAUGCCCGACGGCUGGCUCAACGGAUGGCUGCAUCGCCACUUUGUGGCCAUCGCCGUGGGCAACAGCUUGUUCUGCACCGGUCUCUCCUGCUACUCCCGGUUCGUGGAGGUGCGCUUCCCGCGGAGAAGCAAAGUUCUGCGCACCGCCGCCUUUGUGCUGCCUUUUGUCUUUGACAGUUUGCCCGUCUUCUACAGGCUCCUCCUGUGCUGCGGGGGAUGCUGCAGUCCCAGCGAGGCUCUGCUCAGCCACUUGUACCAGGUGACCUUGGCCUUCCUCACCUGCUUCCUGUUUGCCUCGCACCUACCCGAGAGGUUGGCGCCGGGACGCUUCGACUACUUUGGCCACAGCCAUCAGCUCUUCCACGUGUGCGCCGUGCUGGCAACGCACUUCCAGAUGGAGGCGGUGUUGUGCGACAUGACAUCGCGGCGGGCGCAGCUGGAGGCGGCGGGGACUGCGCCUUCCCUGCCCGGCACGGCCGGCGUGCUGGCGCUCAGCCUGGCCCUCAACUUGGCCGUCAUCGCCCUCUUCAGCGCGCCAUUGCUCAGGCGACGGCAAGGACUAAGACACUCUGUGGCUACUAGGUAGUGCAUUAAGCAAGUUAAAACAUUUUUUAAAAAGUGAGAGAUUUUAACAUAAGUUACAUAUUUGUACAUGACAAGUGACAUGUUUUAAUGAGUUAAGUUUCACAUGAUAUGUUGAAUAUUCCCAUUUUAACCAAAGUUUCACAUUAUUUAAUGAGUCAGCAUGAAAUUCAUCAAACAUAAAAAUGUUCAUGCUUCAGUGUAAAAUUAAUUACAUUAUAAAUAACUUGAUCUUGAACUAUUUUUUUCCGUUGUGGCGGACGCUUUUGCAAACACUCAGAUGUUUUAUAUAGAAACUUUUUUUGCAAAAAUGUACUCUCAUAUUUAGUGCCAAUAUUCCUGACUGGAUCAUGGUUACCUGUUUGUAUUGUUCUGAGUUUGUGUCAUUAAUACGAAUAUUAAUAGUGGGAUGUUUUGACUGGAAAGAACCUGGUGCUUUAUAAUGUUUUAUAUGCUCAGAAAAAAAAUGAAUGUAUGAAUAAAUACUUGUGUGCUGUGUACACUGUCA